ACGAAGUGACCAGCGCGCCUCGGCUCAGUUUCGAGAAGGCCAUGAAAGGGCUUCAUUCUUCGGGUCUCAGGGCGACGCCUGUUCUAAGAAAUCGACCUCAAGAAGCUUACUCCACGAUUAACGAGUAUCGGAGACAAAACCCUUCGAAUACAGUCCACAGAACUUCAAAACACAGCCCCUUAAACAACACUGAAGGGCCUUCAAGAGGUAAUCCUUACCCACUAAUUAGUCAAUUAGAGAAUACCAGCUUGAUUCGGCACCCCACUCGUGAACAUAGUUUGAAUCUUAAACCAAUUGAUCAUUCAUAUAUUUCUAGGAUUCUAUUGAGCAAGGACUGGUUCCUAUUGCUAAACCACGAGUUUAAGGCGAAGAGGCUCGUUUUGGCUCCUCAAUUUGUUGUUAGUAUUUUGCAAAAUCAAGAAAACCCAUUAAAUGCUAUAAGAUUUUAUAUCUGGGUUUCGAAUAUCGACCCUUCACUUGCAAAGAAACAAUCGAUUCGAGGGGUUCUUGGCCAAAACCUUUAUCGAGAAGGUCCUGAUCGUCCGGUGUUAUUGUCAGUUGAUCUGCUUCAGCAAAUUAAAGAGUCUGGUCUCAAAGUGACACAGGAAUUGCUUUGUAUAUUACUUGGAAGUUGGGGUAGAUUGGGUUUGGCAAAAUACUGUGUGGAAGUAUUUGGGCAAAUUUCGUUUUUGGGACUUAAUCCCACCACCAGACUGUACAAUGCUGUAAUUGAUGCAUUGAUCAAGUCCAAUUCUCUAGACUUGGCUUAUUUAAAAUUUCAGCAAAUGUCGUCUCAUAACUGCGUUCCUGAUAGGUUCACUUACAACAUUCUCAUCCAUGGUGUUUGUAGGCUUGGGGUGGUGGAUGAGGCACUUCGUUUGAUGAAACAAAUGGAGGGCUUGGGAUAUUUUCCGAAUGUGUUCACGUAUACGAUCUUGAUUGAUGGAUUUUUCAAUGCCAUGAGGGCUGAGGAAGCCUUUGGAGUUUUACAGACAAUGAAGGAGAGGAAUGUGGUUCCAAAUGCAGCAACUAUGAGAUCCCUGGUUCAUGGAGUAUUUCGUUGUUGUGCCCCAGAUAAAGCUUUUGAAUAUUUAUUGGAAUUUGUCCAGAAGAAGCCGAGCGUGUCUCAAUUGGUUUGUGACAAUAUUCUUUACUGCCUUUCAAAUAAUUCUAUGGCCAGUGAGGCGGUUAUGUUCUUGAGUAAAAUGGGGAAGAAAGGUUAUGUUCCGGAUAGUUCAACCUUUAAUGUCACUAUGGCAUGUGUAUUAAAUACGCUAGACCUGAAAGAAGCUUGUGAUAUAUUCGAUAAUUGUACGCAGAGAGGUGUCAAGCCAGGGUUCAGUACAUAUCUUGCACUUAUUGAAGCUCUGUACAAGGCAGGGAAAACGGAGAUUGGAAACAAAUAUAUGGAUCGACUAAUAAAGGAUGGUCUUGUUUCGAACAACUAUUCAUAUAAUAUGGUCAUUGAUUGCCUUUGCAAAGGCAAAUUAAUGGACAGAGCAGCAGAAAUCUUUAGGGAUCUGCAGUCUAAAGGCAUUUCUCCAAAUAUUGUAACUUUUAAUACACUUAUUAGUGGGUAUUGCAGAAAUGGAGGUAUGGACAAAGCUCAGGAAUUUCUUGAAAUGCUAUUAGAAUGUCGUUUUAGACCAGAUAUCUUCACUUUUAAUUCAGUAAUUGAUGGCCUCUGUCAAGCACACAAGUACGAAGAUGCUUUUGGUUGUUUCAAUGAAAUGGUCGAGUGGGAUGUCACUCCAAAUGCUAUCACGUAUAAUAUAUUGAUACGCUCCUUUUGUGCGAUUGGAAAUGUUGCUAGAUCUACUCAACUCUUGAGAAAAAUGCAACUUCACGGUAUACAACCCGAUACUUUUUCCUUCAAUGCUCUUAUCCAAAGCUACCUUCGAAUGAAUAAAGUUCAUAAAGCCGAGAAGCUUUUUGAUUCAAUGUUAAGGUUGGGUAUACAGCCCGACAAUUAUACUUAUGGUGCAUUUAUUAAGUCAUUGUGCAAGUCAGGUAGGCAUGAUGAAGCAAGGGAGAUGUUUCUCUCAAUGAAGGUGAAUGGUUGUACUCCUGACUCUUAUACUUGUAGUCUUAUUAACGACACUCUUGCCCAUAUUUAAACCUUUACUCAAUCUUUAUGUGGAUGCUGAGGAAAUUGUGGAGAUUGAAGAAAAUAUGUGAACAAGAACAUUUUAUGAACAGCUUGAACAUCGGGGAUUGACCGUUUAUUGGUACUGAUACCUUGAUGUUUUCCGAUAUGAAUUGUUUCAAGCACUGUGAAAAUAAAAAAUGUCUGUUGUUGUGGAGAGAGGAGAACGGAUGAUUCACUUUCCAUUUGAUGUUAACAAGCAGUCUGAUGAGUUCUUAGACGCCACGUCAAAUACAGUCUUUCUGAACUAAUCAAGGAACAUAUCCGCAGUUAUUAAAAAGGCACACUUAGGUGUGUAGUACGGCACAGUCACCUUGAACAGAGUAGUUGAAACUCUAAGGUCAUUACUUGAGGGGAUGAAACUUACCAUCUGCCCCCUACAUCGACCCCAUGGUACAAUGUAAGGUUUCAGAAUUCGGCAGGAUUUUCAAUACUGUAGCCAUGGAGUUUCUUCGAGGACGGGAAAAACACAAAGGCUUCUAUGAUGGAUAUACAUCUGUGAUUCAUGUGACCUUG